UAUGCGCAGCGCAACAUGAAGAGCACUCCUACAGCGCUAUUGUCGCUGCAGUCACGUGACCCGACAGCAUCCUUCCAAACAGCUGAGAGCACGCGCGCCGCGCACAGUCAGUCAGUUUUUAGGAGCAUACACGAGCGGGAGAAAAUGGGAGUGGAGAUUGAGACCAUAACCCCCGGCGAUGGAAGGACUUUUCCCAAAAAAGGACAGACAUGUGUGGUGCAUUACGUUGGCUCUCUGACAGAUGGACGGAAAUUCGACUCUUCCCGUGACCGUGACAAGCCAUUUAAAUUCAAGAUUGGAAAACAGGAAGUUAUCCGUGGCUGGGAGGAAGGUAUUGUGCAGAUGAGUGUGGGCCAAAGAGCAAAGCUAACCUGUUCUCCCGAUUAUGCCUAUGGUAAUAAAGGCCAUCCUGGGAUUAUUCCUCCAAAUGCAACCCUCAUCUUUGAUGUGGAGCUUCUCAGUUUGGAGUGAUUUAAAAUGCUUUACCGACUUUUCAUGGUUUUGUACAUUGUUUUAUUUUACCACGAGGAAGCUACAGCGGUAUGAACACUUGAAUUCCUAGCUGCCAUUUUUUUAGUCAUUCUUGUCAGAAAUGGCCGUAUUGAGUUUAUUCUGUACAGUUUUCUCCCUAUUUUAGUUUUCUGUAUAUUUACAAAGCGGCCAUAUCAAUCGAAAGAAAUGUGCGAAAAUCAUUAAUUUAUCAACUUAAUUAUUGCAAUUUAAGAUAUAACAAAUUGCAACAUAAUAUACAGAUAUAACAUAAUGUUAUAGCUAAUUCUGAGAACACGUUUCCCUCUAUUUUAUAAACAUUAAGCUAAUUGGAAAAAAAAUGCACUGUGUUCAUUGGUAUAACAUUUAGUAGUUGAAAGUUAACACAUUCGUCACAGAAGCAAUGCAUGCAUGCCUUUCUUAAUGCUUGUAAGGAUUUGCAGCCAUGUUUUGUUGUUGUUAUCUGUCAACCUGUUAUCUUAACAAACAAUUAGCCUGCUAAUCCACAUAACAGAUGGGCACUCUGUGUGCUCUUAAAUUUGGAACAAUUCUUUUUCAUUGAUAACAGAUGCCUGAAAAACUAAAAAGAUUAAGGCUUCUUACUAAUACUUAGUACUUCUUACUAGAUUGAGGCUUAACUUACCCUACCAUAUUUGUCUCAUACUGUUUGCAAAUGAAAUCUAUAUAAUUUGAGGUGCCAUAUUUGUAAGCAUCUUUUUUGUUGUUGAUACAUUGCAGAGACCGCAGCAAAACUAUUUAGUUUGAACAUAAUAAUUACGUUUUUAUUAACAAACAUAAACAUACUUGAGGCGAUGCUGACAAUUACAGUGACUCAAGCAUCAAACAUGUGGCUUUAAUAUUUUUCACUGCGCUGUAUAUUGAUGUAUUGUCAUACAGAGGCAAAACAAAUAAAGGAAUAAAAAGUCAUGCAUGCUUGUGUCAUUUAGUUUUCCGCUGAAUGAGUCCAACUCUGAAAGAAUGGCUGCUGUUUGUUUACCAGCAAUUUUAUUUGUUUAGGGGACUUUUGUCAAUACUCGUCAGUCCUGUCUCUUAUUAUGACACAUUUACCUGUAGCUGUAGCUUUACAACAGUAGGUUUG